AUGGCGACCAUACUAGAAGCUCUGGUUCGAUCAUGUGCCAGUAAGUUGCAAGAUGUCAUUACCAACGAGGCCAUACUAAUCUUAGGGGUGGAAGAAGAGCUUGCAGAACUGUUGCAACGAGUUGAACUAAUUCAGUGUUGUAUAUAUGACGCUGAGAAAAGGAGGGCAAAAGAGCUAGCAGUAAGCAAUUGGCUUGGCCAACUGAGAGAUGUUAUAUAUGAUGUUGAUGAAAUCCUGGACGUGGCUAGAUGCAAAGGAAGCAAGCUACUGCCUGACCAUCCUUCAUGGUCAUCAAAUAAAUCAGCUGCAUGUAAUGGCCAUUCAGUUUUCUCUUGCUUUUGUAACAUCGGUCCACGUCGUGAUGUUGGUGUUCAGAUUAGAAGCCUCAACAAGAAGAUAGAGAAAAUUUUGAAGGACAGCAUAUUCUUAACAUUUGACAGUGGUACACAAUCUACUGGAAGUGAUUCAACAUCUAAACUGAUAAGAAGCUCCAACCUUAUUGAGCCCAACCUUGUGGGAAAGGAAAUCAUACAUUCUAGCAGGAAGUUGGUGGACUUGGUGCUUGCAAACAAGGAAAAAAGAUCUCACAAACUCGCGAUUGUUGGAACCGGAGGAGUCGGUAAGACAACACUAGCUCAGAAAAUAUACAAUGACCAAAAAAUAAGAGGAAGCUUCAAUAUACACGCAUGGAUUUGUGUUUCACAAGACUACAACGAAGUUGCUCUUCUGAAAGAAGUUCUCCGCAAUAUUGGUGUCUAUCACGAAGAAGGUGAAACCAUUGGAGAACUGCAGAGAAAGCUUGCAGAAACAAUUAAAGGCAAGAGUUUCUUUCUCGUUCUAGAUGAUGUGUGGCAGUCCAAUAUAUGGACAGAUUUACUAAGAACUCCAUUACAUGCAACAACUGCUGGAGCAAUAUUGGUAACAACACGAGAUGUCCAAAUUGCAAUGACAAUAGGUGUGCAACAUAUCCAUUGA